AUGGCACAAGAAGAAGGAGUUAAUGUGAGGGUGGACACGUUGGGGGAUGAUGAUGGGAAGGAGUUAGCAGCGCAAUACAGGACGGAGGCACAGAUGGUGGGGGCGGGGGUGGGUGAGACGAUGGGAGAAUCGCAGGCGUCGGCCCUGAUAUUGGCCCCAAAGCCACUAAGCCAGGUGGAGCCAGAGCAGUGGCACACUAAGGCGGACAAAUCCACACUCACGGUGGCGAAUUUGGAGGUGAUUAGGGAGCGGUACCAGAUUCCGGCGGAGCCGAAAGGCGGAGACCUCGGCCGGGCGGAAUUGGAGGCAAGGAGAAAAGCUCAGGAGAUAGAGGAUCGGGCCAUUCUGGCAAAGGCCGCGAAGUUCGCGGAGGCGCAGAGGGACCGUCCGCCUCAACCGAUCGCGCGAGAGAGAAUCCGACCGCGCCCAAGGCCGUUGGGUGAAAAAGACUUAAGCAGUUUUGAGCCGCGGCCGCCGCCUGUAGACCCUGUAAAGGAAAAGGCUGGAAAGGCGGUGGAGGCUCUAAAAAAGAAGAAGAAGAGGAGGAGUGCCCCAGAGGAGGCAGCAGAUGCGUCUGGGGCCAAGAGGGCUAAGGCGGCCCCAACUGAGGUGGAGGUCCCUGUGGGCAAGGACGCCCCAGAGGUGGUGGAGAUCAUCCCAACGGUGGAGGUUGUGAAGAUUGUUCCAUCAGUGCAAGUAGAGGCUGGGUCGACUGAGGUAGUGCCGAGCGGAAUGGAACAGGUCCAGAAGAGGCCUGACCCCCAGAAAGGAGGGGUUCGUCCGGCUACGGCGAUCUAUCAUGCGCGCGCGGUAGCUGGAAGGUUGGAGGGAGAAGAAGGCCCAGCCAGGGUGGGGGCAGACCGGCUGGUGAAGAUCGUGGAGGAGACGGCUCUGCGCGCGGCAUCAGGAUAUAAUGAGGCUGACCUGCUGAGGGGGUUAUGCUCCGCCCAAAUGGAGGUGACUACCUUGGCAGGGGCCCUCCUUAGGAAGGCAGGGACUGCCAAGUUGAAGGUUGAGGAGGCCAGGGUCCAGUUGGCUAAAUUGAAGAAGGACAGUGCCGACUGGAAAACUGCCCAUGACGAGCUGCCAAAAAAGUUGGAAGAGUCUGAGAGGGCCUGCGCCGUAGCAGUCGAGCGGCAUGAGGAGGCCAUGACCAGCAAUGAAGAGCUGGUCAGGCAAAAGGAUGAAGCAAAUUCCAGAAUUGGAGACCUGUUGAAGGAGUUGGGGGAGGAACGCGCCAGAGCAGAAGAGGAAAAUGGGAGGCUUCUGAGGGCGUGGGAGAUAGAGAAGGCGAAGGCGGUGGCGGAGCUGGAGAGUCUGAAGAAGGGGGUGGAGGAGGAGAGGGCGACGGCGGCGGCUGAAAGGGGGGCCCUGCAAAGAAAGCUGGACGAGGAGAGGGCAAAGGCGGCGUCUGAAAAGGCAGCCUACCCUGAUCUGUGCGUUGCAGCAGUGGAGUAA